AUGGUCACUGUGAGGACUGUCUUGUCUUUAGGUGCAAUGCAUGGUUGGAAGCUACAUCAAAUGGAUGUAUUCAAUGCAUUUCUCCAAGGUGAUCUUGUGGAGGAUGUUUACAUGGUUCUACCUCCUGGUCUUCUAGGACAGGUUCUAAGCCUGUUGGACAGGUUAAAAGUUUGCACUGUUUCUAAGCCUGCUGGCACACCUAUAGAGGUCAAUCAAAGGUUUACCGGUGUAGAAUUUGAUCACAGCUAUAAGGCUGAGGACAGUGCUGAUGAGUUGUUGUCUGAUCACAAUAGCUAUCAGAAUCUGGUGGGGAAGCUACUAUACCUAACAAUGACUCGACCAGAUAUAUGCUACACAGUGCAGAAACCUGAGUCAAUUUAUGCAAAGAUCAAAGAGAUCACAUAUGAAAACAACUCUAAGGGUGGUGAACUCAAAGUCUAUUGUGAUGCAGAUUGGGCCACUUGUCCGAUGACAAGAAGGUCAGUUAGUGGAUUCAUAGUUAAGUUGGAAGACUUCUUAAUCUCUUGGAAAUCAAAGAAAAAAAAUACAGUGUCAAGAAGUUCAGCAGAGGUAGAGUACAGAAGUAUGGGCAAUGCAAUUGCUGAAAUAGUUUGGCUCAUUUGGAUUAUGUAUGGAAUUGAAGAUGAAGCUGGAGUUUCCUGUUAA